UCACAGACGUCAUGCUUUGACCAGUCAAUUUCUGCCACGAAUCUCUUCUCGCUUUUCUAUAUCAUGCUUUCGACUUUCGAGCCCCCAAUGCCAUAUUCUAAUCACUUCCGCUGGUGUUUUGGGUGGACUCUAGCUAUCCCCGUUUGUUCCCCAGCUUGACCGUUGUUUCCCGUUAUAACUGGCGUCAGCCGCAUAAAAGGUUUUGCUUGGAUGCGGUGUACGCAUUCUAAGAUAAUGUAGCUCUCAUUCCCAGACGUGGGAUUGGCGAGUCAAUCAAUAUCAUCAUCAUCAUAAUCAUAGACUCAUAGUCGUAAUCAUUUCUGGUGUUUGAAUCCCACUUGGAGGUGUCCAGUCUUCAAUCUUGCCUACAGGACAUCAGCUGUUCGAUGAAAUGCCUGAGAGAACGCUCCUUCUCAUUAUAAAGGCUUAUUCUAAUGCUUCGAACAGUUCUCCACUUCUUUGAUCAUUAUGGCUGAUUGAUAAUGAGUGGCGGAAGGCGACGUUCACGCUUGGUCUGGCAGCGGGAUCAUUUGUCCGCUCUUGGGAAUUUGAAAGGAAGCUUUUUGAAGAGUGCUGCAAAAGAUAAAGAAAGAGCAUUGAAACAUUGAAAGCAAAGCAAAUGCUUUAGAGCACACAGGUAUUAUAUUCAAGAAAGUGGGCCAUGCACUGAACCUACUAAAAAACAGAUAUAGUAUGGCAUCUGCAAGGUCGAUGGAAUGCAAGGCCUUCUUCCCCGACAACCACAUGCCAGGGGAGCUGAUGGACACGGAUUCAGAUAAACAGUCAAUAUGUGAACAAUUUCUGGAACUGCCUUUUCAGCUUCCUACCCAACUUGAUCAGCGAAGUGAAUUGUCUGUGAAGAAUCAAGAUAAUGGAUUUUGAGUGGAAGCUUCUUCAUAUAAUCAUAUAUCUGUCAUUGUAGCACUACUUCCUAUGGGCCCAAUAAGGUAGUUUUUUUUUCCCCCAGAAAAAAGGGACUCAUGUUUAUAUAAAAUGUGCUGCCUUUUUAAGAUGCCCCAAAUACACCCUUCAUCAUCUCUGAGAGAGUUGUAAUCAUGAGCUCUUUAAGAUGCAUUGUGAAACACCCAACCAUUUCUAUGGUAGAGCCAUGCACCACGUUGAGGGAGCUGAAGCAAAUUCAUACCCAACUGCUCAUUAACGGUCUUCUUAACGACCCUCAGCUUGUAGGCCAAUUUGUAGCCUCCAUAGCCCUCAAUAACCCCAACAAUCUCCAUUAUUCCAAUCAAGUCCUUGAUCACUCUCAGAACCCAACCCUCUUCACCUUCAACUCUAUGAUUAGAGCCCACUCCAAAAGUUCAACCCCUCAUCGAAGCUUUCACUUCUAUAGCAGAAUUCUUCAUUCCGCUGGCUAUCUUGCCCCCGAUAACUACACUUUCACGUUCUUGGUUCGUACCUCUGCUCAGCUAUUGGCGCACGGGACUGGUUCAUCUGUACAUGGUGCCGCUGUGAAAUAUGGGUUUGAGCAUGACCCACAUGUUCAAAGUGGGUUGAUUUACAUGUACGCAGAAUUUGGUGGCUUGGAUGCUUGCCAUCGGGUGUUUUCAUCAAUUUGUGAGCCAGAUUUGGUGUGUCAGACCGCAAUGGUGAGUGCAUGUGCCAAGAUGGGAGAUGUUGGUUUUGCUCGGAAGCUGUUUGAUAAAAUGUCCCACAAGGAUCCUAUUGCAUGGAAUGCAAUGAUUUCGGGAUAUGCGCAAUGUGGGCAGUCAAGAGAGGCAUUGAGUUUAUUCAAUUUAAUGCAAAGGGAGGGCGUGAAGGUGAAUGAGGUGUCCAUGGUCUCAGUUUUAUCUGCAUGCUCGCACUUAGGUGCAUUGGAUCAAGGGAGAUGGGCUCAUGCUUACAUAGAAAGGAACAAGCUUCGAAUGACUCUGACACUGGGAACAGCCCUCAUUGACAUGUAUGCGAAAUGUGGGAACAUGAACAAAGCCAUGGAAGUCUUUUGGGGAAUGAAAGAAAAGAAUGUAUACACUUGGAGUAGCGCCAUUGGCGGGUUAGCCAUGAAUGGAGCUGGUGAGAAGUGUCUAGAGCUAUUUUCCCUCAUGAAACAAGAUAGUGUUCAGCCCAAUGAAAUCACGUUCGUUUCAGUUUUAAGGGGCUGUAGUGUGGUUGGACUGGUUGAGGAAGGUCGUAAGCAUUUUGAGUCAAUGAGUAAAGUAUAUGGGAUUGAGCCUCGGCUUGAGCAUUAUGGCUGCAUGGUUGAUUUAUAUGGUCGAGCUGGUCACUUAGAUGAAGCUUUGAACUUCAUCAAUAGCAUGCCCGUGAGGCCUCAUGUGGGUGCAUGGGGAGCACUACUUAAUGCCUGUAAAAUCUACAGAAAUAUGGAAAUGGGUGAACUUGCAUCGAGAAAGAUAGUAGAGCUAGAGGCCAAGAAUCAUGGUGCCUAUGUGCUGUUGUCUAACAUUUACGCUGAUUCCAAGGACUGGGACAGGGUGAGUAAUGUGAGGCAGACAAUGAAUGUUAAGGGCGUGAGGAAGCAGCCUGGAUGUAGCGUUAUAGAGGUUGGUGGUGAAGUUCACGAGUUCUUCGUUGGGGAUAAAUCCCACCCAAGAUAUGCUGAAAUCCAAGUAAUGCUGGGAGAGAUCUCUAGGAGGCUGAAAUUAUCAGGGUAUGUAGCUAACACAAACCCUGUGUUGUUUGACAUAGAAGAAGAAGAGAAAGAGGACGCUUUGUGUAUGCAUAGUGAGAAGAUUGCCAUUGCUUUCGGUUUGAUCAGUUUGAGUCCAGAUGUGCCCAUUAGGAUUGUGAAGAACCUCAGGGUUUGUUGGGAUUGCCAUGAUGCCACAAAAAUGAUCUCCAAAGCUUUUAACAGAGAGAUUGUUGUGAGGGAUAGGAACAGAUUCCAUCAUUUCAGAGAUGGGGAUUGUUCUUGUAAGGGCUAUUGGUGAAAUCUAGUUUCAUUUACCAUCUUCA